CAUGUUGGAGUGUGUGGGUGUCACACGGUACUGAGGGAGCCUGUUGGCUGGCGAAUUAUUCAUCAAUCCCAACUCGGGGUUACGUGCAACAAGCUUUUCUUACCACCAAACAAAAAAUAAACAGUUUUUAUUCAAUACUUCGUUCGAGAAUUUAUGGGUUAUUUCUACGGGACGAAGAGUGGCCCCAGAGAAACUGGAGAGGAAUGGUAAUGGAGGCGUUUGCUCUGCCGACUCUCCUCUCUGCGUGGGCAUGCUUUUAAACACCUUUUCUCUGGAGGUUUCCGGAACGCACCACUGGACUGGCACAGCGGCGGAAAGAGUCCCGUUCUGAUCACACCAAGGAGUAACUCUGUGUGAGAGAGAAAGUGUGAGAGAAAUAAGGGUACGAUUGAGAACGAGCGUACGAGAGUGAGUGCGUGUGUGUGUGCGUGCGUGAGAGCGUACAAGAGAGUGAGAGAAGUGUCUUUUUUUUUUUUUUUUUUUUUAAACGAGGAAAUCGCUUUUGCGUACCGCACUCGAGUCACGAUGGCCUCCAACAUGCCGAGCUCCACCAUCCGGCGGCAGAUGAAGAACAUGGUGAACAACUACUCGGAGGCGGAGAAGAAGGUGCGUGAGGCCACCUCCAACGACCCCUGGGGCCCGUCCAGCUCCCUGAUGUCGGAGAUCGCCGACCUCACCUACAACGUGGUGGCCUUCUCCGAGAUCAUGAGCAUGAUCUGGAAGCGGCUCAACGACCACGGCAAGAACUGGCGGCACGUCUACAAGGCGCUGACGCUGCUGGACUACCUGAUCAAGACGGGCUCGGAGCGCGUGGCCCUCCAGUGCAAGGAGAACAUCUUCGCCAUCCAGACGCUGAAGGACUUCCAGUACGUGGACCGCGACGGCAAGGACCAGGGCGUGAACGUGCGGGAGAAGUCCAAGCAGCUGGUGGUGCUGCUGAAGGACGACGAGCGGCUGAAGGGCGAACGCUGCCAGGCGCUGAAGACCAAGGAGCGCAUGGCGCAGGUGGCCCCCAGCGCGGGCAGCAGCCUCCCCGCCAGCUUCGGCCGCGGCUCCAGCCAGCCCAACCUCUCCAGCAGCUACUCCGGCGACGACUACGGCAAGUCGGAGGGCUCGCCCGCGUCCUACCACGGAUCCACGUCUCCGAACGCCAACGCCAACUCCGAGCUGGAGCAGGCCCGCCCCCAGACCAGCGGGGAGGAGGAGCUGCAGCUGCAGCUGGCCCUGGCCAUGAGCCGCGAGGCGGCCGAGCAGGAGGAGCGGGUGCGCCGAGGCGAUGACCUCCGCCUGCAGAUGGCGCUGGAGGAGAGCCGUAAGGGACCAGGGAAAGGGCCGGUGGCUGGGCCAGGGAAGGUGCUGAAGAAGAAAGAGGCUGGCAGCUCGGGGCUGAUGGAUAUGAUGAGUGGGGCCCCUGGUGGCCCCGUGGCUCAGGCGACCGACCCAUGGGCUUCAGCGGGAGCCACAGUAGGAGCAGCGGCCGCUGCCCCAGACCCCUGGCAGUCUUUCGGUGCGGCCUCUAAACCGCCCCCUGCAGCCGACCCCUGGGGGGCCCCCUCGAUCUCCGUGGCCCCUGUGAAGAGUAGCGACCCCUGGGGGUCGUCCGCUGCACCUACGGACCCCUGGGCUGGUGGGGCUGCCACUCGCCCCAAGGCCUCUGGAGCAGGUGAGUUUGACCUGUUCGGCACACUAAACGGUACUUCCAGGGAGGACUUGUCUGACUUCGACAGCCUUCGAUCUUCUUCCAUUAUGACCGGAGAGGCCAGAGGAAGCUCCACCUUGCCCUCACAGCCCAGCCUGUCGGCAAGCUCGGAGCUGUUGGACAUGCUCCCGGGGGGCCCCAGCAGGAAGACCCCAGAGUCCUUCCUGGGGCCCAACGCCGCCCUCGUCAACCUGGACACCCUUGUGACUGUUCCCCCGCAGCCGGCCCCCAUCUCCAACCCCUUCCUCUCUGCAGGACCAGCCCCUCCCCCGGCCCAGGUGAACCCGUUCCAGGUGCUGCAGCCUCAGCCCCCCACGCUCAACCAGAUGAGGGGGAGCCCCCUGAUGGGUGUGAGCGCGCAGGCUUUCGCCGGGGGGGCCCAGAUGAGCUCGGACCCCCUGCCCCUGUCCUCCCUGCCCCCCAGCCUGCUCCUGCCCUCUGCCCUGCCCCCGCAGGGGGCUAUGGGCCACAUGAUGCAGGGCGUGAGCAUGGGCCCCAUGUCUCUGCCACAGCCCCUGAUGAGCACAGCCCUGCCCCCCCAGGGCCCCCCCGGCCAGGCUGCCACCACCACCAACCCCUUCCUGUUGUGAGAGCGCCCCCUACCUGCGCCACAGACAAUAGCAGUUUCUUCCUCUUCUCACACAGGUUCGCUCUUUUAUCAAGACUUGUUUUUUUUUUUUGUUUUUUUUUAAAGACAGAGAAUACUUAGCCCAGUCGGAGGUCAGUACCCCCACAGCGA